AUGGAUGACAUGACUGUUGAGACCGCGGAUGUUCUUGAGUUUGCGCCUAUGGUCAAAGAUACGGUUCUGUCACUUGACCAAGUAGAGAUGGAUGGAAUUGGUGCGGUGAGCAUGGUUGAGUUCCAUGUUGGCCAUGGGGUUUCCACGGGUUGUGUCAGUGUUGCAGGCUGGCUGGGGGAAAUUGGGCUCGACAACGAGGAGUUACCAGCCGACGAAUUGACAACCAGGGAAGAUGGAAUGGAAGUUCUGGUACCUGUCAAUGUUUGGACUGAGGUAUCAGAGACUGUGAAAGACAGUAGCAAGGUGGACGGAGAUGAAGUCGACGUGAUACGCGAAAUGAGUGAGGUAUUGUUCAGCCCAGCGUACACCGAACUUGUCGAAACCGUACCAACAUCGGAACUGACAGAGGGAGGCUUGGUGGAUAUCGACGUCGGAUUAGAGUUUACUGUGGCUGAUUGCGACGAGGUGGUGCCGUUCCAUAAUUCACUAGACGAGCUGAAGGGGCCAUCGGUCUCAGUUACGGUAGCAAGAGUACCAGAUUCACCAUUCGAAAUGGACAUAGACGGGUCCACUCUGAAGGAAGUCGUCUGGUUGACGCCAUGCGAGGUCACCGUGAGAGUGAAACCGCUCGACUGCCCUGGAGGCGGAGGCCUUGAAACCGGUGGCUCGUCCACUCCAGGCGAAGACAGAGUUGACCCCGGUACAGAUGAUGGCGAAAGUCCCGAAAUGGUGGUGCCGGUCGACUCAACCAGAGUGAUGGAAGUGUUACCAGUCAAGGCGAACGAAGUGGAAUGGCUCUCAGUGACCGAUACAGAAGGAGAGACGAUGAGAGUAUCAGAGAGACUGGCACUCGCUUUGGCAGAGACAGUCGAGCUGGAUUGA